CUCCUGCGCUCCGCCCCUCGCCGCACCGCGCCCCGGUUCCCACGGCGCCGCCUCCGGGCACCGCGAAAGAACCCGCCCGUCCUGCAAGCAGUCCCGCCGGGCCAGGCCGCGCGAACAUGGCGCUUGUCCCCUGCCAGGUGCUGCGGGUGGCCAUCCUGCUGUCCUAUUGCUCCAUCCUGUGCAACUACAAAGCCAUCGAAAUGCCCUCCCAUCAGACCUAUGGGGGGAGCUGGAAGUUCCUGACCUUCAUUGAUCUGGUUAUCCAGGCAGUCUUCUUCGGCAUCUGUGUGCUGACCGAUCUCUCCACUCUCCUGACCAGAGACAGCGGGAACCAGGAGCAAGAGCGACAGCUUAGGAAGCUCAUCUCCCUCCGGGACUGGACGCUGGCCGUGCUGGCCUUUCCUGUCGGGGUUUUUGUUGUCGCUGUGUUCUGGACCAUCUAUGCCUAUGACAGAGAGAUGAUAUAUCCAAAAUUGCUGGACAACUUUAUCCCAGGGUGGCUGAACCACGGAAUGCACACGACGGUUUUACCCUUUAUAUUAAUCGAGAUGAGGACAUCCCACCAUCAGUAUCCGAGUAGGAGCAGCGGGCUCGCCGCCAUAUGCACCUUCUCCGUGAGCUAUAUAUUAUGGGUGUGCUGGAUACAUCAUGUCACCGGCAUGUGGGUGUACCCUUUCCUGGAACACAUUGGCUCAGGAGCCAGGAUCAUCUUCUUUGGGUCAACAACAAUCCUAAUGAAUUUCCUGUACCUGCUGGGAGAAGUCCUGAACAGCUACAUCUGGGAUACACAGAGAACAAAGCCUCCUUCUUGGCAAGACACACAAUCUUAUGUAAGCUGUGGCAACCCUGUCCAAAAUCUAUGUAAGAACACAUAACCGCUGGAAGGUGGAAAGGCAAGGACUGGCCAUGUAGUGAUCUGAACCCUGCAUGAAAACACACCCAGAGGCUGGUAUGGGGGGUCAGAGAGAUCCGGACAUCUCCUUGGACACGGUCCGCUAUUCUAGAGAUGAACUGUAAAUGGACUGUGGUCCGCCAAUGUUGAGCACCUGGUUGAAGGCAGUGUCUUUGCAGGAGCUCAGUCCUCUCGUCUAAUAAAGUAGUGUUUGCUUAGUCAUUGCAUCUGAUUGCUUUGUGCGUGCUUCUUCUGAGCCCUGUGUGUCAGCGCGUCAGCCAAUGCUAGGUGGCCCCCUUUUUAAUUUGUUCUGACCAUGGCUUGGAGAACCAGACAGUAAUCUUCUCAUGACGUUUCCUCCAUUCAACAGAAGCAAUAAUCCUUCUCUUUUAAGUUUAGACUUAUUUGGCGCCUUAAAAGUGUUCCUGAAAUCAAAUGCAAGACUGUUUCCUCGCCAUCGUCAGAGAAUGCCUAUAGUUAGGUUUAAACUAAGAUGUGCAGUUCAGGAAAAAAAAAAUCUGGCUUCCUCUAUCCCCUGGAUGUGCUCAAUUCUGGCAGACAUUUGACCAUGACUCUGCUACUGCCUUGAGUAUAUGCCUGAAUGGCAUAAGAGAUAACUACCCAAUCUAGACCAGAGAAUGUUGCUUACCAGCAGCAUUGAAUAAGGAGUUAAAGAUGAAGGGUGACACUGAGUUUUCUGAACUGUUUGUGAGGCUUAACUGGUUUCUGUUGUUUUCUUGCAUGACAUGCAUGAAAACCUGUCACCAAUUUAUAGAUUAUUUCUGUUUAGAGAUUAAUUUUGUCUACAGUCAUUUAGUGGAGCCCCUAGGAGCUCAUGUUUGUGACAAACCAGCAUCUUCCCCCUGCUGGCCUUUCCACAACUGUGUGUGUGUGUGUGUGUGUGUGUG